CAAACUGUAAGGUUGCUUCUGAAUCUCUGCACUGCGCUUGUUACAUAUUUGAUCAGCUGUUUAACAUUAUCAAACAACAAACCUCUGGAAGACAACAGACCAAAGAUUAGACAAUUUUGAUUUUCUAUUCAGCGGCACAAAUAACAAAUGUUAAGCCUGGACAACGUUAAUAAGUAAUUGCUUUAGCCUACAUUAGAGCUCUCUUCUCCUUUUGACUUCAUUUCAGGAGAAUCUUUCCUUUAAUAUGCACGUCCAGGUCGGGAAAAGAAGCUUGGUAUCCACCGCAGUGUCUAGGUUAAAUUUGGCGAAUGGUUUGUCCAGAACGACCUACUGUGCAUUUGAGGACGAAAGGUUUUGACCCUGAGGAAGACAGAUUAAGCACCAGAAAGAGGCCUAACAGCAGUCAAGACCUUACUGAAGAACUAAUUUAAGAACUUGUGACUCAGAAGGAGCAUGUGUGAUGAUCCCCUGUUCCUCGCUCAGCCUGUACCAAACCCAGCGGGUCUGAGAUGAGUGGUCCUCUGUGGUGCCCGGCCGCUGUCCCUGCGUGCUCUUGGCAGCGCUUGGUGGCGUGAGCAGAUUGCUCCAUCCUGGCAGCCACGGGAGCGUGGAAUGGCCUCUUUGGACCUGCCGUACCGUUGUCCUCGCUGUGGGGAACACAAGCGCUUUCGAAGUCUGUCUUCUCUACGCGCCCAUCUGGAGUACAACCACACCUACGAGACCCUAUAUGUGCUGUCCAAGUCCAACAGCGUAUGCGAUGCUGCUGCGCUGCUCCCCCUAGUGGCUGACGGAGCCCUGGCCGCCGAAUCUCGUUUUCCAUACCGCGAAUUGCCCUGCUCGGGCGAAGAGCUCGGCCUUGCCCCCUCGUCUACUGCUUGCUACCUGCCCAAUGUGGAGUUUCCCCUGGGUGAGAUCCUGGUGAAGACAGCCAUGAGCUCCGGCGACGCCUUGUCCUCCACAGGGAACAAUGCUGUGGCGGUGGCUGCUAACGUGGCCGCUAGUGCGGUGGAGGCGGCUUAUGAGGAGGGCCUGGCUCGGUUGAAAGCUCGAGCGUUUGAGAGGCUUGAGCUGGACGAGAGGCUCGAGAAGUUGUCGGAGGAGGUGGAGCAAAAGAUUGCGGCGCGUGUUGGCCGUCUUCAGGCAGAGCUGGAGAGGAAAAGCUCGGAGCUGGAAAAGGCAAAACUGGAGAGUGAAAGGCUCAGUCAGGAGAAGCAAGACCUGGAGGACAAGGCCACAGAGCUUUCGCGGCAAGUGGACGUGUCGGUGGAGAUGCUGGCCAGCCUUAAACAGGAUCUGGUUAAUAAGGAGCAGGAGCUAUCACACAAACAACAAGAGGUGGCCCAGAUCGACCAGUUCCUGCAGGAAACAGCUGCGCGUGAAGCCAAUGCUAAACUGCGUCUUCAGCAGUUUAUUGAAGAGCUGUUGGACCGGGCCGACCGUGCUGAGAAACAGCUCCAGAUUAUCAGCAGCUGUGCCACCACCCCCAACGGCAGCCUGGGACACUGCAGUCUGCAAGGAUCCAAACCUAAUGGACGACAGAGAAAUUCCAGUAUCUCCGGGGCAUCCAGGGGAAUGUACCAAGUGUCCGAUCGACGUUCCUCCCCCAGCACUGCCGCAUCAGGUCGAGGGAAAUCUGUCUCCCAGGGUUCAGGAGGUUACGACAGUGACAGUGUGGACCUCCAUGCUCUGGAGGACUGCCCUGAUGCUCAAUACUACCACGUCCAAUGCCGACUUGGGGAGGGUGGCGGAGGAGGAGGAGGAUACGAAAGGACAGGUGCUUCCCGGAGCUGGGGUCUCCGCAAACAGGCCAUCCAGAACUGGCAGCGUCGGCCAUACCGGAACAGCACGGAGGGAGAGGAGGGUGAUGUGUCUGACGUAGGAUCCCGAACCACAGAGUCCGAGGCCGAAAUGUGGGAGCAAGACAGGAGAGCAGAGCACGGGGGUAACCGUGGAGGAUACAGACUAGCACCAGGUCGUUCUGAAGGAGGAUAUAAGCCUUGCCGCCAUGAGAAAAGCCCCUCUAAAGUAAACGAGGUGAUCAGUCCUGAGGUGCUGAAGAUGCGUGCUGCUCUCUUCUGUAUCUUUACCUACCUGGAUACAAAGACACUCCUGCGGGCGGCCGAGGUGUGCCGGGAUUGGAAGUUUGUGGCUCGUCACCCAGCGGUGUGGACCAGAGUUCUGCUAGAGAACGCUCGCAUCUCCUCAAAGUUCUUGUGCACUCUGUCUCAAUGGUGCACACAGACGCAUUCCCUCAUCCUCCAGAACCUCAAACCCAGGCAGAGGGGGAAAAAAGAAACAAAGGAGGAAUAUCUGAAGAGCACACGUGGCUGUCUUGAGGAGGGUCUGGAGGCUUUGUUGAAAGCUACCGGCAGUAAUCUGCUCAUCCUGAAGGUGUCUCAUUGUCCAAAUCUGUUGACUGAUCGCUCUCUGUGGUUGGCAAGCUGUUAUUGCAGGGCACUACAGGCUGUCACAUACAGGAGUGCGACAGACCCUGUUGGACAGGAGGUUAUCUGGGCAUUAGGAGCUGGUUGCAGAGACAUCAUCUCACUACAGGUGGCGCCUUUGCAUCCAUGUCAGCAGCCAGCACGCUUCAGUAACAGGUGCUUGCAGACUAUUGGCAGAUGCUGGCCACACCUGAGAGCUUUGGGUGUGGGCGGGGCUGGCUGUGGCAUACAGGGAUUGGCUUCUUUGGCAAGGAACUGCAUGAGGCUGCAGGUGCUUGAGUUGGACCACGUCAGUGAAAUAAAUCAGGAAGUGGCUGCUGAGAUGUGCCGAGAAGGUCUGAAGGGUCUAGAGAUGCUGGUGCUCACCUCCACUCCUGUUACCCCUAAAGCCCUGCUUCACUUCAAUAGUGUGUGUCGUAACCUGAAGUCUAUUGUAGUUCAGAUCGGUAUAGAAGAUUACUUUGAAGACCCCAACAGCCCCGAGGCCAGAAAACUCUUUGAUGAAAUGGUGAACAAGCUGCAGGCACUCAAGAAAAGACCUGGUUUCUCCAAAAUCCUCCAUGUGAAGGCAGAUGGCUUGUGCUAACUCUGCUGUGUUGAGGCCAGAGCCAUAUGAAGGUUCACCGAAUAUUUCAGCCUGAUCGAGUCAUUCUCUCCUUGAUGAAACGAGGAAGAAUCAAACACUUCCGCUUCAGUUUGAACCCUAAACACCAGUCUACCACACCAAGACGGGCGCAUCUGUUAGCUUUGACACGACGCAACCAAAUAGAGGAGCUUGUAAAGAUAAUACAUAACAAACUCUACGAGAAGGCAUGAUUACUUGCCCUGGAUCCCGUUCCAACAGUCAGACCCAAUUCAAAACAAGUUACGAUUAUAGACUAAGGAUUUUUCUCCUACUUGCCAAACGCACUAAACUUUAAAAGAGAACAUGUUGUCUCUCUUCAGAGCACAGCGCUGCAGGAGGGAACAGUCUCAUAUUCCAGAUUAACCUGAAACAUAAAAUCAACGUGAAAUCCAAACAGCACAAAUUUAAAAUGCACAUGCGUAAGUUAUUAAUGUGGGAGUGUGUGUUUGUGUGAUCAGAUCGAUUGUUUCCCCAACAUUCAGCAAAGAGGCGCAUUCGUUCAUUAGUCGUCUGGAUGCUUCAACCAGCCAUAUUACUUGGACAGUUUCGACAUAACAUAAUCACCAGCUUCAAACAUGGCUUACCAAGACCCUUCUUUAGGGGAUGCCGUGUCUCCAUAGAAACUACUAUUAUACUUGCAGAUAUCUUGUGUCCAUAAGCACGAGUUCAAACCGAAUGCAGAAGCCAAUAAACACAAGCUCCGCUGCCUCAUUCGUGUCAGACCCUCCCGUUCUUUAUCAGUAUUUCCAUGACCAGGGUCUCUCUGGCAAGAGAUUGUUUCUCAUCAUCUGUUGUUCCAGACUGAUUUGCAAUGCCUUCUCCAUAAUGUGCCAUCCAUAGCUUCGACAUUUUGUUUUCGAGGUUGAAUUUUGGUCAUUCCCAAUGUGCCAUUAGUGAAUCAGUGAAUAGUGAAUUCCCUACAUGGUGUGCACUUAUCUAAAGGGAAUUUAAGGGCAAAUUCACGUAGUGAUGGAUAGAGACCAGCUCAUGGUGCUGUCACCCCAAUCUACGCCUACUGUUUCACCUCAGAUGUCAACGUCUCCAUCUCUUCCAUCACUUACCGUUCAAACUUCUGAUGAAGUUCUAUGGAACUCAGGCUGGUGGCGUGGAAUAAAUCCCCAUCUGCUCUGUUGACUUCAGAUGGUACUUUCCAUGUUCUAAAGGUAGACACCACUGAAUGGAGAAUUCAGAUUCUGAGUUCUGAAUGUACACACUGCACAAUCGAAUAGAAGGGAUGAAAACAAAUACAUACAGGUGUCACAUUAGGUUCUUCACGGAAUCUAUAAGAACUGCACUUUGGAAAUGUGUGGGUUGGGUUUUGGCUCCUCGGACCUUUAAUUGUUGAAACUAGGAAGUACGUUAACAUUAACAAUAGCCAUAUUAGGCUGGUGCAGUCAGACUAGAAAAUGAAAAAUGAUUCUGCACAGCUGAGAUUGAAUUCAGUAUUCAUAGCCUUGUUUUGUCAAGGCCAGCAUUGUGAAGUUAACAUUUUCAUUUGUUUUUUUUAAAGACAACAGGUUUAUUUACUGGGAUAUUUUUGAUGCACUUUUGAGUAGAUCGCAUGACAUGUCAGGUUUUGCUUUCUGUUUGAAUAUCACUCCAUGGUUAGGAAGACGUUUACUCUGAAAAUGAAUGUUAGAGCACUUAAAUGGUUUUAGCUAGAAGUCAAUCAUACAAAAAAAAUAGAAUAUGUCAUCCUUUUUUUAAAGAAAAAUCAUGCUGAUGCAAUAAUACUGAUGCAAGUAAUGGUCUCGACCGCUCUCGGUGCUGUACCACUUACCCAUCAGGCAUUUCUGCUCCCCUUGGCCAGUCUCCGAGCUGAAAUCACACAGUCUAAACGGUCUACUCUGUAGGAAACUUUUUCCUCGUCGAAGCAGAGACCAGGAGACGUUGGGAUAUCUUUUAAGCAGAAGUUACUCUUUAUUGAGAAACGUGCUGUGGGUCGCUGUAGUCAUCCAAGUCUAACUAAGGCAGUGUACUUGGUAGUUCAUAUACAUUCAAGGGGGAGGGAUACAUAGAGUAGAGGUGGAGACAAUCUAAACAAAGCAUGCAAGUGCAGUGCAGGAAUCAGCCCAUUCCCUACAUUUCCCAGCCAUGAUCUAAUCAGCAUAACGGUGUCAUUCAAAUGCAUAGGUGUUAAUCCACUCAGUCUGACAGCAUGGCCCAUACCUUUACAUUAUCAUAGAGACAAAGUCACAGCUGUAUCUUGAGCCAAAUGGUUAGGAAGUGCAUGAAGACAAAAGGUUAAUGUUACAGACACCUGGGCUGCCUGCCUUGAUCUCCUUAAAUUGUCAUUAUCUUUACCUCAGAAUGUUAAAUACAAUAUACUUCACCUUAAUAUUUCAUGUGAGGUUAUGUCAGGAUGUAGGAUCAGCAGAUCUUAAACAGAUUCUUAAAUUUGUAAUCCCACAGUCCCCCCUUUGAGAGUUCUAAUAACUCUCACAUAAUACAAAUUUAAACCUUCUUAAAUCCCUUCUUUAACCUAUGUUUGUUAACAUAAGUCCCAUCUUCCAGUCAUGUAACUUGUAACAGAUACAGGCACAUACAUCUUAUUCUAUGUCGUGUCCAACAUUUACAUAAGUGUUGUUCUUUAACUUGAGUAUACUGUUGACACACAUAUACAACGCAGGGUGGUAAUAUGUUGUAUAAACUACAUGAUGACACAGAAAACCAUGUAGCAUAAGCGUGGAAGUCCUAAAAGUCCAUGGCGCCUGAAUAGCUGUGGAGUCUGUUCCCUGUAGAGUCCAUUUCCAAUGCAUUUCCAUGUUUGUCCCAAGUUGCUCAGAUGAUUCUUUGUCAUUGUGCAACUCCGAGUUGCUCAGAUGACUCUGUCUUCAUGAAGGUUGUUCAUGGAUAUCUGAGGUGAUGCUUUACACCAGGUGCUGCUUAUGAGCUGUCAUGGCAUAUACACAUACCUGCAACACAAGAAAACAAAGAAACAGCAGACCAGCAGUAUUCAUGCAUAGACUUUAGUACGUUAGACCUCUGAUGAUCGUAUAGUUUUUCUGUCUAACUCUGAUCAUCAUAAACUCCUAGUGAUCGUAUAGUGGUUUUGUUCCUUUUUUUUAACCUAGUCUUAAUCAAUUUGACACCUAUAGACCAGUAAGGUGGGGAUAAACUACUGAGAGGGGGAAACCUAUGAGGAAGUCUUCACCACAGGGUUGGCCCCCGAGGCCUGUUGCACUUCGGUUCUUCCCUGGGCUCCUCACUGGUCUGUGUGUCCUAUUCUCUCCCUGUAGUUAAUUUGUUAACUUUACUGUGCUACACCUCCAUCUUCCAUUGAAACAUCAGUCAUAGCAGACAUCAUAACCCACAGAGGAUGGAUAAGUGAAUGGAGUGUGCUGUAGCAUAACAUUUAAGGCUGUGAGUGUACUUAACCAGUGUACCCCAAAUGGUGGAAGUGACAGUCAACUUUCUUUUGUUCAGAAUGAGUCUUUCAGCUUUCUUGUAGAUUACUGGGGAAAUUAAGCACUCACAGCCCAAAUGGUUAGCAUGUCAGUAAGCUGUUGCUCCAAGUGUUUGGAGAAGAGGGGAGGGGCAGUUUCAGUGUAGCAAGUAGACUGAGUAGGAGCUGAGUAAAGCUGUUCAUUUCUUUAAAUGUCUUUUUGUUUUUCCUACACUCUUUCAUCCAAUGUCCAGGUUUACCACAGUAAUGACAACUGCCUUCUCUCUUAGGACAUUUACGUUUCUGUCGAUUCUCUGUGUUGACCUUAAAGGAUGCUGCUGCAAUCUUUACUCUUGUCUUGACAUCUGAGUCUCUUUCCCAAAUAGCUAACCGAUCUAAGUUGUUUUGCAGAGUUCCAUUGGACCAUGUGAGGUCUAAGAAAGGCAAUGCAUUUUUGUAUUCUGAUGAGAGCCCAUCAAACCACAUGCGGACCAGUGGUCCAUUAUCCUUUAACACCUUCUCUGGAGUGUCUGCUAUUCCACUGUAUGCUGCAGCUGACUGACAAAAUCUUUCAGUGUACUCACUUACAGUUUCAUCCUUCUUCUGUACACAACUAGUGAUCUUUGACCAGUCCACCUUUGGUCCAACAAGGUUCUGUAACACUCUCAGAACUCCUUCUCUCAAUUCACCUUUGCUGGAAUGCUGAAACUCAGAAUUAUUUACAGCACUUUCAAAAUCACUGAAUUCUGACUCUUUCAGGAUUUGUGACAUUAGCUGGGUGACUUCAGCUAGGGACAUAUCAUAGAGCUUCAUUUUCCUGGACAACUCUGUCCUAAACUCAGAAAAAUUUCUCUGCACUGAUGGCAAACUCUCAGCAAGUCUUUCUAUGUCUUCAGGACCUAGAGCUGUACUGACUGCUUGUAACUGGAGUAUGGGGGUUACAGAUGUAACUGUGUCAACACCUUUUACCCUACUCUGAGCCUUUUGUCUUGCUCCACACACUUCAACUGCAUUUACAUCUUUAUCCAUGAAUCCAGUAUUGCUAUUGCCCUCUAGUCUACAGAAAGACUCUAAGUCAGGAUAGCUUUCAUCUGACUGUUGGUCUUUUGAGUCACAUUUGGUUGAGGCUUUGUUAAGGCCCAACUUCUGCGUGAGAUGAGACACUCGAGUGUGCAACUGUUUGUUCUGCUUUUCUAACUUAGCAAUACGUUGGAUUUGUUCUUGUGCAAUGGAUAGACUAAAUUCUCUGUGGCAGCAGAUAAUGCCCUUCAUAUUUUUCUUCCGAAUACAAGCACCAAGUACCUUUUUGCAUUCUUCAAUAGACCAAACUUUUUCUGGAUGAAUCCCAAAUUUCUUUGUCAAAUCCAAUCUGACUGACUCAGUCACUAUUGAGUCCAUGUGCUUUCCUAACAAUGAUUUGAACUCACUAUCUGUCCAUAAAGGGGUAGCUAGUCCACCUUUCUCAGUUGUUGGAAUUAGUCUAGCGUUCUUUCUCAACAUUUUGUAAUGUCUUUCUGGCACAACAAUACACUUCAACACUUCCCUGACAGAGCAGAGGUUAACCUAGUUAAUACACAUCGUAAUAUAUUCAACCUUCUCUGGUGAGCAGAGUAGAACCAACUUGCUUCCACACUGUAACAGUUGUAACCUUCCCUGAAUUAACAGAGGAUGAACCUUCUUCUCUAGCAAAGUAGAUAAUGACUAUUCUGUUAACACACCACCUUCCCUGAUUAAACAGAGGAUAAACCAAUAUUAGCAUGUGAUACCAAUCUUCCCUGCCUGAGCAAAGGAUACCAAUAUUAGCACGUAAUGCUAAUCUUCCCUGCCUGAACAAAGGAUACCAAUAUUAGCAUGUAAUGCUAAUCUUCCCUGCCUAAGCAGAGGAUACCAAUAUUAGCAUGUAAUGCUAAUCUUCCCUGCCUGAACAAAGGUUACCAAUAUUAGCAUGUAAUGCUAAUCUUCCCUGCCUAAGCAGAGGAUACCAAUAUUAGCAUGUAAUGCUAAUCUUCCCUGCCUAAACAGAGGGUAAACUUCAUCUCUAAAAGAACAUUUUUAGAGGAUAACUUAGUUAACCAAACCCUACAGCUGUCUGUUAACUCUUCUCUGACGGCGCAGAGGAUAAAACUUGGUACUGGUCUUAAUGGUUCUUUUGGAUAGAGUAUCACUCACCAACCCUUGGGUGUACAGGAAAAUUCAGCUUGGAUCUUCUUUUGGAUCAGAUCUUUGUUGUGCUUGAAGUUUCAAUCAGGAUUGAGGUGAGAAGCUCUAUCCGGGUCACGGCACCAAAACUGUAGGAAACUUUUUCCUCGUCGAAGCAGAGACCAGGAGACGUUGGGAUAUCUUUUAAGCAGAAGUUACUCUUUAUUGAGAAACGUGCUGUGGGUCGCUGUAGUCAUCCAAGUCUAACUAAGGCAGUGUACUUGGUAGUUCAUAUACAUUCAAGGGGGAGGGAUACAUAGAGUAGAGGUGGAGACAAUCUAAACAAAGCAUGCAAGUGCAGUGCAGGAAUCAGCCCAUUCCCUACAUUUCCCAGCCAUGAUCUAAUCAGCAUAACGGUGUCAUUCAAAUGCAUAGGUGUUAAUCCACUCAGUCUGACAGCAUGGCCCAUACCUUUACAUUAUCAUAGAGACAAAGUCACAGCUGUAUCUUGAGCCAAAUGGUUAGGAAGUGCAUGAAGACAAAAGGUUAAUGUUACAGACACCUGGGCUGCCUGCCUUGAUCUCCUUAAAUUGUCAUUAUCUUUACCUCAGAAUGUUAAAUACAAUAUACUUCACCUUAAUAUUUCAUGUGAGGUUAUGUCAGGAUGUAGGAUCAGCAGAUCUUAAACAGAUUCUUAAAUUUGUAAUCCCACAACUCUAAGUGCUUUAGUCAAGGCGAGCACUUCUAUGGUGCAACGUUCUACUUCCUGUCUUAAAACACAUAAUGGGGCUUGAAUUAGCGGAGUGGAGUAUUCACACAAACUGCCUGAGGUUACUUCAGGAUGGCUGUUCAAAUGAAGCAAUGUGGACCAGAAUGGAAACUGCAAGACCAUCUUAAAGAAAGAAGUUGCAGAUGUAGAACAGGGCAACUUACCCACAACCCCACACAAUGACUUUUCGCGUGUACUGGCACUCUUGUCUUCUGAAGACUUUAAAAAAAACUGUAUGUAUAUGUUGUUUCUAUAGGAAAGGAAUUAAAAAACGGUGUAAAUAUUUGAAAUGUAACAAAGAAAGAGACAACCUGAAGCGUUUAACGGGUAUCCGCCUGUAAAUGGUUUCCUGUGUGGUGCCCAUACUGACUUCCAGAGUUUAAAGGUAUCGAAUUUGCAGUAUGCUGUGUAUGAUAGAUGCUUUAUAUUGAAUGUGUAUCAGAGUCCUAUAGAGAUGGAAAUAAUUUAAACAGAGUACAGUUUAUUUCAACUAUUUAUUUCUAUAAAAGAGAUGUCUAUGAUGAUGGCAUGUUUGUGCUAAAGCAUUAUAUAUCAUGUUGCCUUUUCAACUGUUCUGCUGUAGAUGUUAUUAGAUUAUUAGAUCUGAGCGCUCUGGAUUACUGCUUGCUGCCUUUCAUUUUUAGACUGAGCAACCGUUGCACCAUUAUUAUGAUAAAAGGUAACCGCUAAUGUUUAGUAUUAAGCCGUUGAUGUUCUAUUUUGUUUAACGUCGAGCCUUUUUAAAGAAUCUGACAUGUAAUGCACUUUUUUUUAUCAGAGCACUUCCAAUGCUCUGUGAUGGUUGGUUUCGUAUAAUUCAUGUGCAAUUCCUCUUUUCCUAAGCUUUGCACUGGAAGACUAUCAGCUUUCCAUUCAUCAUGUGAUCGGUCCGUUCAAUAGCGUUAGUGACUUUUUAUGAAACCCUUGCAGUGGACUUAUUUGAUGCAUAGCAUUAACCUGCAAUAUAAAAAAAUAAAUAGUAAUAUAUAUAUAAAUAUAAUUGCUUGGUCAUGUAAAAACAUUCAAACGUUUUUGUUUUUUUUUUGCUUUGACUUCAGUAAGUGGUGAAAGUGAUGAUGGAUUAAUAGUGUAAGCACUUUGAAUUUGAAAUUUUGACUAAAAGAGAUUCUCAAACCCAAAACUGUAAUUGAUACUGACAGAUUUAGAAAAUGGUUGUAACUUGGAGGGAAGAAAAGGGGAUCGAUCACAGAAUGAAGACCUGAAGCAGUCAGAAAGAUAAAUAUAACUUUUAUGUAAGCAUAACCAUUGUUUCUGUUCCACUGAACAGAACUUCUUUAAACAAUCAGUUAUAGUGGUGUGAACUAUUGUUAGGUGCCAGAUGUUGUGACAAUUCAUGUGUAGCUGUAAUUGUAACCAUCAAAUCAAUGACCUAUUAUUAAAAGUAUGUCAAAAAGACAAAUCUACAAACAGAUGAUUUAUUAAUUGUGGAGAUUUAUUAAUUGUGGAGUAUUAUCAGCUGUUUUGUUCCAAUUACGUUUUGUGGAAAAUAAGACAGAAACGGCAUUUACAAUCUAAACAGCCAUAUUCAAACUCCACAGCCCUGGAAUGAAUAUAACAAUGUACAUCAUUUAUUUUAUUUCUGCUACUCUAGCCAUUAAUAUGGUAUUCAUUCCUUGAUUUGGCGAUAUUGAUAUAUGGCUUCCUCGAUGUUCAGCUUUGUGCCGUUGUGUUUUUUAGUCAUUGUCAUUACCUCUUAGGCUCUCGUUUGAAUGAUUGUAUUUUAUGCCCAUCUGUCUGAACUGCUUUCAUGCAUUACCUCAAACAUCUUCUGGCAACAUAAAUUAAAUUGUGUUGCUUUUUUUAUACCAACAGAUUGCAUUGACGUUAUUUAAUGAAUACCAUGCACAUUCUCUGCUGUUGCACAAAAAGGCAAUUCAUUACCCAUAGUUUAAUAUUUAUUGGAAAAUGUUCAUGUUUAAACAACUUUCUUGCCUGUGGGAACAAGUGACUGCAGACUUUUUUUCUUUUCUUUUUUUUUUCAUUUGUUGUAUUGUUGUGGCCUGCUUAAUAGCAUUUCUUAUUGUCUUUUCGACCGGUUAUUCCAGUUUGCGAAAAGCUGAUUAUAAGAGUGUGAUGGAAUUGUUUACAUUCCAAAUCUCAUGCCAUUUUGUUCCAGGCAUAUUCUAUGAGUUCUAAUAAAAAUCUGAUAUAUAUACUCA